AUGGGAACCAGCUUACUCGCCAGCUGUGGUCUUCCCUGGAGAUAUCAUCAGCAACGAAUAGUUCCUUACAACCAUUUGCUUGGUCAUUCUUCACAAGGAAGCCUCUCAUCAAGAGCUAAAGUGACAGCGGAGUUCAGAGAGAGUGGCUCUCUUGAUGGAGAAAAUGAGAAAUCCUCUGGGUUUUUGAAGAGAAGGUCAGUUUUGGUUUCUGGGGUUUCUUUGGUUUCAACUUCAGUUAUGGGAUCUGGAAGAGAAGGGCUGGCAGUUGUGAAACAAGGCCUUUUAGCUGGACGGAUACCUGGCUUAUCUGAACCUGAUGAACAAGGUUGGAGGACAUACCGCAGGCCAGAUGACAAGUCUGGAGGGCAUGGUGUUGGAUGGAGUCCAAUCAUCCCUUAUCUUUUUUCUGUGCCUCAAGGUUGGGAAGAGGUUCCAGUAUCAAUAGCAGAUCUUGGUGGUACAGAAAUUGAUUUGAGAUUUGGCAGCUCCAAGGAAGGACGCCUUUUUGUCAUUGUAGCUCCUGUUCUCAGAUUUGCAGAUAAUCUAGGUACAGAUGCUACAAUUGAACAAAUUGGACCUCCAGAUAAAGUAAUUAACGCUUUUGGUCCAGAAGUAAUUGGAGAGAAUGUAGAAGGGAAGGUUCUAAGCAUGAACGUAGCAGAACAUUCUGGAAGAAAAUACUACCAGUAUGAGCUAGAGCCACCUCAUGUACUGAUCACUGCAACUGCAGCCGGGAAUCGUCUCUACUUGUUCAAUGUCACUGGGAGUGGUCUUCAGUGGAAGAGACACUACCAGGAUCUGAAGAAGAUUGCGGAAUCCUUUCGUGUUGUCUAA